AUGGCUAGACCUUCAACAAGAUCUCAGAAUGGUAUUCCACCACCUACUACAGAUCACCCCUCAUCGGACAAUCCCGAUGUCACUUCCGCCCCUGCAACUGGUCCCGUUGCUAAUCCUCCUCAGAUCGAUUCAAGAUCUAGAUCUCACAACGUCACCGACAACAACGUUGAUGCCUCUGACCAUCAAUCUCCAAGAAACGAAGCGAUACCAAUCCCUAAUCGCAGGUCUUCUGAUCGCACCACCAUUGACAACGCCUCAAGCCCUUUCUUCCUCAGCUCCGGUGAUCAUCCUGGGCUGGUCCUCGUGUCCACCGUUCUCACUGGAGUCAACUACCAAUCUUGGAAGCGUGGCAUCAUGAUGGCGCUUGCUGCAAAGAACAAAAUUGCGUUCAUUGAUGGCUCAAUCCCACGGCCUGAAUCUGGUAACACUCUUCUCCCAUCUUGGUUGCGUUGUAACAAUAUGGUGAUGUCCUGGUUAGUCAAUUCUGUUUCACCUGAAAUCGCUCAAAGUAUUAUGUACUUUGAUCAAGCCACCGAUAUGUGGCAAGAUAUAGCUGAAAGGUUCAAUGAGGGCAAUGGACCCCGUGUUUUCCAGCUCCAAACCCAGCUAACUCGUCUCCAACAAGGUGACAAUUCCGUCACCUCUUAUUUUACGAAACUCAAAUCCAUAUGGGAUGAGCUGAAAGAAUUUCAGCCUAAUACUACAUGUUCUUAUGGUGCAAUGAAGAUAUUCCUUGACUAUUACAAUCGAAACCAAGUCUUGCAAUUUCUCACUGGCUUGAACGAGUCAUAUGCCUCGGUUCGAGCCCAAAUCUUGUUAAAUGAACCACUGCCGAACCUCUCUCGAGUCUUUGCUAUGAUAGUUCAAGAAGAACGUCAACGCACUCUCGGAUCUUCGGAAAACCCACCUCUUGCCUCUUCGGUUCGCCCACCACCUACUAAUCCUCCAAGAAGCAAAAAACCCCGGCCUUCUUGUUCUCACUGUGGUAAACCAGGUCACCUUGUGGAUAAAUGUUUUUUCCUCCAUGGUUUCCCACCUGGUUAUGGGGACAAAAAGAAGGCUGAUAAAGGAAAGGCUCCAGCCAAUCACACCUCCUCUACACCGAUUGCAAAUCACACAACAGCCCCCAAUAUCCUGCUGAUCUUACAUCACAAUGUCAACAAUUAA